ACUAAAUUACAAAUGUUGAAAUUAAAAAUUUUGUAUUAUAUGAAAUUUAGACAAAUAAUAUAACUAUUUGAGGAUUUACCUGACUAUGAAAAUUUGGAAAUUAUUUCACUUUAAUUUUUUGGUAGUAUUUACUAGGAAGGAGCUUCUAGUAUAGCAUUAUUUUUGAAAAAGUGCUAAAAAUUGACAUCACUUAAGCUGAAGUUUAAUAAUAAUAAUAUUUAAUCAACUGGAACAUCUAAAUUAGUAGAAGCUAUAAAUAGUUUUAAAAAUUUAUAGUAUCUUUCCAUUUAGAUAGGUGGUAAUUAAAUAGGAGAUGAAGGUGCAAAUAUAAUUACUUUAAGUCUAAGCAAAUGGGAUAAUCUUAGGAGAUUGCAACUCUAUUUAUAUGAUAAUUAAAUUAGUGUAAAAGAAGUAUCUAAUUUAGGAAAAAGUUUGAGAUACUUAACAUAACUUAGAACUUUAGAAAUUAGUUUUUUAAGAAAUGAAAUUAGUGAUGAAGGAGCAUUAGCUAUAAGUUAGGGUAUAAGUAGCUGUACAAAUCUCACUAAGCUAUUACUAUACUUAGAAUGUAAAAAAAUUACUGAAAAGGGAUAUUUAAUACUUGAUUAGUGUAUAUCAGGCUUAGCAAAUUUGCUUUAUUUGGAUUGCUACUUAUCCUAAGACUCAACAUUACUUUAGUCAAGAGAGAUUCUCAAUUGUAAAAAUAUUAAACAAUUAAAACUAUGUAUCCAAUGGGAUUCAAAUGAUUAAUAAGUGAAGAAGCAUUUAUAAAACCAACUUAAAAUCAAAAGGCUAGUUAAAAUAUGA